AUGUUUUACUCCUUUUAUGACAAAAAAUCUUCAUCUGGCUCUGAUAUUUCGAGGUUGUUCAAUCCCACUUUGCAUAACCUUGGAGCUUCCAAUGAUGUUUCGCGAGUUGGGUUGUCAUCAUCGCAAUAUUCAUUGGUUUUUGAGAGAGAGAAGGGAGAGCUGGUGAAGUGCAGUGCAACUGAAAGGGCAGAAAAAAAUGAGAUUUCUGAUGCCAAAGCUUUAGCUGCUAUGAAGAGCCAUUGCGAAGCAGAGAGGAGGAGAAGGGACAAAAUAAACGCUCAUUUUGCAACACUACGUGGUCUUGUUCCCUCCUCUGAAAAGAUGGAUAAAGCCACAUUACUGGCUGAAGUGAUUAGCCAAGUAAAGGAAUUGAAAACGAAAGCAGUGGAAGCAAGCAAAGGUAUUCUAAUCCCAAUGGAUGCUGAUGAAGUGAAUGUUGUACCAAAUGAUGAUGAUGUAGAAGAUGGAUCCAUGUCUUACAGCGCAACUAUCUGCUGUGAUUACCAACCUGAACUGCUGUCUGAUCUAGGAAAGACAUUUGAUACCCUUCAAUUACCAGUGAAGGCAAAAAUAUCAACUUUAGGAGGCAGGAUGAAGAAUGUGUUUAUCUAUACAUGUUGCGAAGGGGACAAUAUUAAUAUGGAGGCAUGCCAAGCUAUUGCAAGUACUGUUCAUGAGGCACUAAGUUCUGUAUUGGUUAAGGCUUCUAAGUCACUGGAGUACUCACUGAGAAGGUCACGCCCAAGCAAGCGGAGAAGACUUUGCUUUAUUAAUGAAACAUCUACUUCCCCUUGCAACAAUGGAUCCUGUUCUUGCUGA